CCUAUGCCCAGAGGACAGACGCUGCUAUCUACUUAAGCUGAGACUGAGAGGGGAAGAGGGAGGAUUGACUUUUACCUGAUGUAGAAGCUGCACUCACCCCUCGCCACCCCUCUCUUCUAUCCAGCCUGUCUGGAGCCGCAGAGGACUGUCAGCCCGUACAGACGAAGCACAAGAUCAGAGUGCUGGCAGAGCAAGUGUGCCUACAGCUCUGCGUUACCUGCUUUACCACCCUGCAAUCGCUCUCUCGCCCCACAUGCACACAUUCACAGAACUUUCUCUCGUGCGCGAACACUUACAUGCUGACAAGCAGGCAGGCAGGCAGGCACACACACACAUACACCCCCCCUCCCAUUAUUAUCUGUGCGGCGAGCAGUUCUGCUCAUAUUGGUGCGAGCAGCGAGGGGCUGCAUUUUGCUCCUCAGCAGCAGCAGCAGCAGCAGCAGCAACAGCAACAACACAGGACGGGUCCAGAGAAGAGCAGUCACCACCAGAGAUCAAGCAGCAGCUGCUCCAACUGAAGCUGCGUGUGCCAGUGGGACAGCCAUGGAGGACACCCUCACCUGCAGCCAUGCCACUUUCUCCCAGGUGUUUGGACGCCAGGGACAGCUCAUGCAAGCCACCGUCCAGUCUCUGAACAGCCUGAAUGACCAGAUUGCUCAGUUCAUGGUUACUCGACCUUGUAGCCUGACUGAUGAGGAUGAGGCCUUCAUGCCGGGAGAGAGGGAUACCUUGAGGAAGUCCAUGACUCUGAUGAGACACUUGCUCAUGGAUGCUCAGGGGAAAAUCCUUAAAAUGAUGGAAGACAACAAACAGCUGGCACAGAGGAUUGAUGGGGCCAUCCAGUCUGCCAGUCAGGAAGUGACCAACCUGCGCUCCGAGCUCUCUGCCACCAGCCGGAGACUGGCAGAGCUGGGUGCCAGCAGCCCCCCUGGCUUGGAGAACCACCACCAGCACAACCACCACGAUGACAGCCUCCACUACCGGGAUCCAUCCAUGCGUCACAGGCAGAAGACAGUGGUGACAGACAUGUGCUACCCAACAGAAAUAUCCAGCCUGAUGGACUUUGGCACACCAGACUGCUCGCUAGGCAAAGUGUUGCUGCGUGAAGAGGUGGUCCAGCUCCAAGAGGAGGUCCACCUGCUGAGGCAAAUGAAGGACAUGUUGACUAAAGACCUGGAGGAGACCCAGGGCGGCUGCUCUGCCAAUCUGCUUUCUGCCACAGAGCUCCGUGUGCAGCUGGGUGACAAGGAGCAGGAGCUGGACCGUGCCAAGGAGGCCUUACAAGCUAUGAAAGCUGACCGUAAGCGGCUGAAGGUGGAGAAAGCAGACUUGGCGAAUCAGAUGCAGCAGCUGUACACAACACUGGAGAGCAGAGAGGAGCAGCUGCGAGAGUUCAUACGCAACUACGACCAGCAUCGAAAGGAGAGUGAGGAUGCAGUGAAAGCCCUGGCAAAGGAGAAGGACGUGCUGGAGAGGGAGAAGUGGGACCUGAGGAGGCAGACCAAAGAAUCCACAGAGCAGGCCAGCAUCCUGCGUUCUCAGCUGGAUAUGAAGGAGAACAGGAUUAAAGAACUGGAGGCCGAGCUCACAAUGGCAAAGCAGUCUCUGGCCACUCUGACUAAAGACGUACCAAAACGCCACUCGGUGGCUAUGCCAACAGAACCGGUGGUGAACGGCAGUCAGGAGUGGGUGAUGCACGCCGACCUUCCGCUCACGGCCGCCAUCCGCCAGAGCCAACAGACCCUCUACCACGGACACACCACAGACAGACAGGCUGUGGUCAGGAUCAGCCCCUGCCACUCACGUCAGCCUUCUGUGAUCUCUGAAGCCUCUGCGGCUGACGGAGACCGCUCGUCAACGCCAAGUGACAUCAACUCACCUCGUCACCGGACCCACUCCCUCUGCAAUUCUAUGGAGGACCUUGAGGACCAGAAGCGGAAGAAGAAGAAGGAAAAGAUGACACUGGGAUCCCUAUCAAGGGUGUUCGCUCGGGGCAAGCAGCGCAAGUCACUGGAUCCCGGCUUGUUUGAUGACUCUGAUAGCCUCACACAGCAAAGCCUGUCUGAUGGAGAAGAGCAGCUGGACCGCCUCCAGCAGGCGGAGCUGACUCGAAACACAUGCAUGUCACUGUGGAGGGCAGGUGCAGUCCAGGCCUGGCUGGAGGUUGUCAUGGGAAUGCCCAUGUACAUCCGAGCCUGCUCUGAAAACGUCAAAAGUGGGAAGGUGCUUCUAGGCCUGACGGAUGACGAUUUAGAGCUAGGUCUGGGCAUCAGUAAUCCAAUUCAUCGCAGGAAAAUAAGAUUGGCUAUUGAGGAUUACAGGAGAGCUGAAGGGGACCAAGGAUUAUCAAAAGCAUCUGAGAUGGACCAUCACUGGGUUGCAACAUCAUGGCUGAGUGAUGUCGGACUGCCUCAGUACUCCCAGACCUUUCAGUCUCACUUGGUGGACGGACGAGUGCUUAACUCUUUGAACCGCAGAGACUUGGAGAGAUUUCUCAACAUCAGUGACCAGUUCCAUCAGACCAGUCUACUUCUGGGAAUCCAGCUGCUGCAGAUGCUCAGCUUUGAUAAAGAGGCCCUGCAGGCACGGCGGACAAAAUGCGAGCACCAAAACUGGGAUCCCAUUGUUUGGACAUGUCACAGAGUGAUGAAGUGGAUCAGAGACAUCGACCUCAAGGAGUUUGCAGACAAUCUUCAGGGUAAAGGGAUUCAUGGUGCAGUGAUGGCUCUGGAUCAGUCUUUCGACACAGAUGCCAUGGCCAAAGCCCUGGGCAUCCCCAGCAACAAACACAUGCUUCAUCGGCACCUGUAUGAAGAGAUGAAGUCACUCGCUGUCCCUCUCAGUAAUACCGAGCAGGACACUGAGGUGAUUGGUUGUUCCUCUCCUGUCGCUGUUAACCGUUUUGCUGAUGAGAGGAUGUCUAUAAGAAGAUCCGGAAAGAGUCCGCUGAGGUUACGAGCAAACAGCCACUCUGUGGAGCGAAGUCUGGGCUUCCACGGCAGCUGCAGCUCUCUGCCCAGAGAGGCCAGAGUUCAGGCGGUUCCCCGAGCCAAAGGCAGCCCGAUGCACACCUACAAGAGUGUCGAAAUCACCAACGUCUGAACCAGCCUCAGCCAUCGAGAUCUUAACCAUUGUUUACAUUUUUGUUGUGUUGCAGUUGUUUACAGCUGAGAGACACCCACACUGAGCCACACUAGAAUUAUAGGAAGAGAAUGUCUUAAAGGGGUAUGCCACUCGAUUUAGUAAUCUGACAUCUUUAGAGAAGCAUUUACUGAAAACAAACUUUAUAAUUUUGACCUGAUGGACUUGAGAGGAAGGUAACUUAAUAGCUAGGUCCAUUUUUUAUUUUAAUUUAUUUUUAAACUACGUAUUCAAAGACUUUUAUAUAUUAUUGGAAAAAUCAUAUUUGUAUGAUAGAUGAGAAGGCUUAGGACAGACUUAACACAGUUAUAUAAUUGAAAUUAGUGCUCUUUUAAUGCCUUAUAUUAAACAGGUCCAUAUGAUCUUCACAGCACUGUUACUAUUUAUUACUGCUACUUUUUAACAUGUUCAUUUUUUUAAGCUGCAAGUGAAAAACUCUGUUAAAGACAAAAGAAAAGUUGUUAUAACUUACUCUCAGCGUAAAGAUACAGCACAUAUCAGCUGUUAUUCAGAGUAGAUGAGGGCCCUGUUCUUCAUACAUGUCUAACCCAGUUAACCAGACAUGAACGCUGGAUUUGUUGAUUGGAUGUUUCUAAAAUCAGAGAAAGCUGUACAGAACAGAGACAUCUGGAGUGCGAUUACAAUGUUUAAGGUGAUUUUUAUUUAUUUAUUUUUUGCAACUUACAACAAGUACAUUCAAAUAACCAAUCAUAACUCAAAGGACUGUAAAUUAGUAUUCAGUUUUAGAGGCAUUCACAGGUGUACUACAAGAGCUUUGAGAUGGUUGAAGACAGCUUACAAAUUAUGGGUUAAAAGACAACCACAAGAUUCUCACCCUUUAAACCCUAAACAGCACCACCUGGAAUUAUUUUGUUGUUUUAGCUGUAAAAGUGUCAUUAAAUCUACCAUGAGUGUGUGCUUUUGUCCCUUUUUUCAGGACUACUACUUCUUUCAACAUCUGGUAGUUGUUAUUACACACCCUUAUUACACACACAUGCUAUAAGUGUGUAUUAAGGGAAUAACAGUAGGAAAACACGAAAUUGAAAUUUAACAGAUUUUUACUGAAUAAGGCACUCAGAAUGUACAUGAAUAAAAGAUUUAGAAUUUGCAAUUUGAGCUUUGAAAUAAUGACAAAUAUUUGAACGUUGGCCCUAUAGUUUGUUUCUGGGGGUCUCUUUUUUUCCUAAGCAAGUCCAGACGUUUUUGACCCCUGGUGGAACACCAAAAAGCAGUUCCUUUCAAGCUGCAGGCAAAGGCCUACAUUGCACUGCUGGCAUUUUCAAGGAGUGCUUCUCUUACAGACAAUGCACUGCUUCCUUCCCAUGCUUGCCCUCUGCCUCUUUCCCAUAUCUCCAGUGCUCAUAGGGACAGGAAACUGUCCUUGACUUGGGGACUCGGGCUGGUAACCAAGCAAACACCCAGGAGGUGUGCAGCGAGCUCCUCCUGGAAGGCCUGGCAAGUCUUGUGCUUCUGUUGCUUGCUGAUGCACAGCUCUUUGUGAAGGAUGAAGCUGUUGGUAACUGCAAUGUCCAGAAGAUGCUGGAAAACUGUCAUGUUCCAUCUUCUGGUUUUGCGAUGGACUGAAUUUGUUCCCAGCAUCUGGUCUGAUGUAUCCACUCCUGCCAUGCAUUUCUUGUAUUCGGUCACAGCUGUCGGCCGAUGUCGAUGUACCACAAGCCCCAAAUCCCUGCUUUUUCAAGUGUUGGAAGAGGGAUGGGCUAGUGUAGAAGUUGUCACAGUAGACAAUGUAACCCAAUCCCAGAUAGUCUUUGUCCACUAGUGAUGUAACCUCAUCAAAAGAGAGUCCUUUCCCUGAUAACAACUUUGAUUUCCCCAUGUACAGCAUGAAAUCUAUGGUGCAGCCAUUCACAUCAGCAAGAACAAAAUAUUUUAGCCCCCACUUGGUGAGCUUGGCUUUCGUGUAUUGCUUGAUGGCUAAUCUUGCCUUUGAAGUAACCAUCCUCUCACCAACUGAAAUAUGCUGCUUUGGGUGGUAGUUACCCAUGCAAUCAAAGGAAUUUGCAAAGAAAAGCGUCUGGACUUCUUGCUUUUCUUUGCUUUUCUUCGCUUUUCUUUGCAAAUUCCUUUGACUACGAUGACCUGGAUGACUGAGAACCUUCACAGACAUCUUACCCAUGCAAUGAUAUCUCAUCAUUUCAAGGAGGGGUCUGACCGACUGUAGUGUGUCAUAGUCCUCUGUGCCUUGUUUUUUUUUUUUUUCAUUGGCCACAUUAUCUUCUGGAUCACUGAUAUUAAGGUUAGAAGCGAUGGCCAGAAACCGGUCUCUGGACAUAACCGUGGCAGGAAAAGGAACGUGAAAAAUUGUGUUUCUCCUCCAAAAGUCUACCAUUUUUGGGAAAUUGCAGACUGCCAUGUAAAGUAACAAGCCCAGGUACUUUUGUAGUUCGUCUGGUGUUAUUUCAUUCCAGGCAAAUGUUUUGCCCUUUUCCUUAUUUUUUGCAGCAUUCUUGUUUGUGUUUGUAUCAAACUCAGCCAAAGGAAGGAAGGAAGGAAGGAAGGAAGGAAGGAAGGAAGGAAAGAAAGAAAGAAAGAAAGAAAGAAAGAAAGAAAGAAAGAAAGAACACGGUAGAAAAAUAUGGUAAAACACAGUUUUUAAAAAAGGCAAAUCACAAUAAAAAACACAGCACAGAGCAGCAAAAACAAAGCAAUAAAAAAAACACCCAAAUAUCAGAUAAAAUGUCAACUUUCUGCAGAGCUCUGUUAUACUCCCUCACUCUCUUUUCAGUCAACCAACCUUUGUUUUCCCGGGGUUGCUGCACCUCGGGACUGGGAUUACCGUAAUGACUCUAAUAUGACUGGGAAGCACAGCGUCUCUGCUUUCAGAAACAGUUUUGAAUUUUUUUUCAAUUGCCAAAAAUUGAAAAUUUACGGUAAUUUAAAGAAAUGUUGCAAAAACCUGGCGAGUGGUUAGCUAGAACAUAACACAGCAUUUAAAUGGACAUAAAGUUUUGAAUAAAGAUUUAAGUGAAUAGUUGUGGACCUCACGUUGCUAAAAUAUCUUAGAUGCAUGUGAGUGAGGUUUCAUCUCCAGACACAGAUUUUGAUUACUAAUUAAAAAAAUCACUUGCAUGGCCAUUGGGGAGAAUAUUGCUCAAACUUACUCAUGUUUUAAACAUGAAUUCAUGUUUUAUAUUUUGUGUUUGUCUCUGUGAAACUGUUAAACUCCCUGAAGAAUGUCAGUAAAAUACAAAACCCAAAGGUUUUUCUCAUCUCUCUAUUUUGAUCUACCUCGUCACCUUGUCCCGAGUCACCCUGCCAUUGACUCUGAAAUUGAUCAGAAGCCAACUUCAACAAAGUCUUACUUCCUUAAAUGCAUCUGGAGGAGAGAGGAGGCCCAGGCCUGUCCUUUGCAGAAGCCUUUACAGCACUUGUGCCAUAUAAAAAAAAAAAGGCAUAAUGCUUAACUUGUCAUGCAAUGCCACUUCGGUCAUUAACACUGUUACCAUCAUCUGCCAGAGAUCAUAACAUACAGUGGCAGGCUGUAAAAAAAGAAAAAAGAAAACCAUGAACUGACAAUGCAGCUGUGCCACGCGUCGUAUUUAAUUGGCAUCACUGGAAAAUGACAGGUCAGAAGCAAGGACGUUUCCAGUUUUUGUUAAAAGCCUAUUGUCUCAGCUCCUCUCCCUCUGUUAGUGCAAUCACAUGCUCAGCAUUCAGCCAGUAUUAUGCCUCUCCAUAUCUUUUCCCUUAAACUUUUAUUUGGGAUUAACAAACCAAUCCUAAAGCAGGCUGAGAGAAUCAGACUAGAUUGACGAGACUAAACCAGAUUCUUGUAACCUGAAAAAAGUAUUUUAGCCUAAAUUCCUUCAGAUUGAAGAACAGGGCCCUCAAGUGCCAUCAGCUCUAAAUGUGUAAGAUGAUGCUACUAAAAACAAUGACAUGUGAAGUGUGUGUCUUCUUCUAACAGCUGGUAUACCCAUAAUUAUGUCUUUUUUUUAUGUAAAAGAUGAUGCAGUCAUCCAGUGUGAUAUGUAGAUACAACUGUGGAAUGUUGGAUUAAGAAUGUGGUAAUGUACAAAGACUCCACAUGUGUGUAUAAACUGUGAAGAAGGCAAAACUUUGUGCCAUUAUACUAUGAAGUCAAUGGAAAGAAUGUAACGGUGUAUUCUGUAGAGUUUUGGUCGUGUUUUAUAAUGCACAGCUGUUCCUGAGCAUGAAAACACUCAUUAAACGCCACCGCUGGGACUUGCACAGAGCCACACCGAGUGUGGCUGAAACCUUGAGGUUACUUCAAAUAGCAGAGAACAGGUUUGUCCGUCUCUAUCUGGGCGUCUCUUUGGCUCACCAAAGCAAAACUGUUUAAGCGGGAAGAUCAGACCAGUUCAAACCUGUAUAGGGAAAGAAGACAGGGACUUGCAAUGUAUUUGCUUUUAACACAUGACAUCUACAUCUGUUUGCAAAGCAGUACAAGCUUUUCAUACAUGUCAACAUGAAAGUGGAUUUAUUGUAAACUGUUGCAUAGAAUGUAAGAAUGUUAUUGUUAUUUUUGAGGAUAAAUGCAUUAAAAUUUGUGUUAACAAACUCA